CCUCAGUGUAAACGGAAGUAAACAGUGACCAAGAUAAUUUCCACGUUACAGUUAUUUAUACUUUUUGUUGACACGAUGGAACUCUAAAUAUGACUCGUUUAACUGCACAGCAUCACAUACUUAACCCGUGCAGUCUUUAUUUCGCGUUAGAGACAGGACUUGGUUACAGGACUUGAUAGGCGUUAUCUAGGUAACGAUAGCUGCUAAGGGUUAGCUAAUAAUGGCUAACUGUAUGGUUUUUCAUACUCAGAUAGCCUCCAUCAUGGAGGUGCUAGCGAAUGCAGCCGUGUCAGAGAUCUGUAAACUCGUAGACGACGACUAUGCAGUGUUUCGUUUGGAAAUAACUCAAAGCCAGAAAGAAAACAGGGCAUUACGGAGGAAACUACUGGAAAUGAAGGUGGCACGGGAGCGCGCAGAGAGGACAAUGCGAGAGCGCGUCCUCGCCAGUUCCAGAAGUGUCAAGAUCCUCGACCGAUACAGAGGAAUGGCAAGAGGUGAAGGACAUCCCACUGGAGGCCAUAGCAGCUUUAUGAAGCCAGUGGAACACAAUAUAUGGAGAGAUGACCAACCAAUCACUGUUGAUGAGGGGAGUGGAACCUCAACCCAGCACAUUAUCAUGAUAGAGGCUGCAGAUGCAGAGGCUGUAGGUUCUGGGGUCAAGCAGGAGAGGUCUGUAGGAGAGGAGGACCCACGCCACUGCAGAGACAUCCAAACGGGAGCGCCCCCUGAAGCCACGGAGGACCUCGCUGCCGCUGUGCCCCAUCCCAGAACCAGACGAAGCAUCACGGAGGAUGAGGGUCCAGAGGUGCUGCUGGUGAAGGAGGAGGGGUGUGAAGAGGGUCUGGAGAACCCUGAGGGGACCAUGGUCAUGGAGGACAACCAGACUACACCUCCUCCUGAACCCACAGAGGAACCAGCUGAGCAGCACAAGACCACACACAGUCUCACUGAGUCAGUAGACAUGAAGGAUGGGAAGCCUGAUCUGCUGCUGGUCAAAGAGGAGACAAUAGAAGAUGGACCAGAGAGCAUUAAUCUGCUAAGUGGACUACAGAUGGGGGAGCAAGGUGGUUUGCUGGAGGCUAACGGAGACUGGGUGGCCAUCUUGGAUUCUGAGACUGGUGCAGCCAAGGGCCCAGGGGACGACAUCACCGAGCAGGCCAGGACUAGAAGCGACAUAGUGGAGUCAGUAGACAUGGAGGAUGGGAAGCCUGAUCUGCUGCUGGUAAAAGAAAAGACAAUGGAAGGCGGACCAGAGAGCAUUGAUCUGCAGAGUGGACAAAAAAUGGUGGAGCAAGGUGGUUGGCUGGAGGAUAACAGAGGAGACUGGGCGGCCAUCUUGGAUUCCCAGACGUGUGCAGCCAAUGGCCAAGCGGAGGUCAUUGGAUGGGACAGUGUCCUCAUCCCUGGGCUAGGGAACAACACUGUUAACCAUAAUCAGAUACAGACAGCCGAAAGCAAAGCAACAUCCAAACUUAGUCUCUAUGACAACAGACUGGCUGAGACCAGGGCGAGGUGUAGAUUUGGUCUGCAGGGUCGGGGAGGUGUCCGUAUGCGGCUGGAGAGAACAGACACAGACUCGGCUAUCGACGCUCCGUCCUGCUCCUAUAGUUGUGAUUCAGAGAGACUGAUGGUACCUCAGGUUAACCCCCUAACAGGUGCUGCCUUCAGCCUGCCUUCUAUAGGAUCUAUCAACUGGAACAUGGACCCUGUGACAACACAGACUCUCCCUGGCCUUCGUCCUCCUCACACUCUCCUAAUGUUAAACCAGACCUCGGACAAUGCCAGUGCCUCAACACUAAAUGGCUACACAAGCCCGAUGACUAAUGACAGUAGUAGUAAUGCUAUCAGUAGAUACGGUGGCAAAGAGAAGCACUACCCGUGUUCAUUCUGUGGGAAAGCCUUCAGUUUCCCCAAACAGGUGGAGAUCCACAAGAGGAUACACACAGGAGAGAAACCAUUCAGCUGCCACCUUUGCCAGGCCAGUUUUUCACACUCAUCCAGUCUGAAGAGGCACCAGAGGAUGCACACAGGGGAGAAACCAUUCAGCUGCCACCUGUGCCGGGCCAGUUUUUCCCACUCAUUCAACCUGAAGAGGCACCAAAAGGUCCACACAGGGGAGAAACCAUACAGCUGUACCCAGUGUGAGAAGAGGUUCUCCCGCCAGCAGCGGCUGAAGAUGCACCUGAAGGUCCACACAGGAGAGAGUACGUUUGCCUGUACGCAGUGCGGGAAGAGGUUCUCAGAGAGGAGCUGCCUCAGGAUACACCAGCAGAAAAUGCACACGGCCCAUGUAUAGAGUAUAGUGACAUCAUAAUCUAACUGAGCAGCAGCAGUUAGGGAGAGCUCCUUGUAAAAUGUUAUUCUUUUUGUUAAAUUAUUUUGUAUUUAGUGAACAGUUUGGUUGUUUCAAUGCAGUGCUGUGUUCUCCACAUCUGGAUAUGUUAGUAGAUGUUUUUCCUUUGAGCAGAUUGUUUGUUUUUGAGAGAAUGAUCAACCUGGCUCUAAAGACUAGAUAGUCUACUAAGUCACCUUGAUCAUCUGGCAAGAAUGCAACAAGGGCAAGAUUGAGGGACUAGGGCAUCAGGACAAGAGAAGAUAGAGGAGAAAUAGAGGAUAAAACCAACAGAAAAAAUAAAUUGAUUUGGAGGAUUUCUAAAGGAAAGACAGUACAAGACAUUAGAAAGUCAACCAACAAACAAAAACACACAAAAGAGAGGUAGGAUUGUUCUGGACAAUGUAAUUGGUGUGUACAGUGUUAAUUACACAACUAAUAGCAUUAUAUUUUCAUUAUAAAUAGUGCAUUAUUUAAAACCGUUACAUGCAUGUCAGUGGAGGCUGGUGGGAGGAGCUAUAGAAGGACAGGCUCAUUGUCAUGGCUGGAAUGGAAUAUAUGGAACGGUAUCAAACAUAUGGAAAUCAUGUUAGACUCCGUUCCUUUUAUUCCAUUCCAGCCAUUACAAUGAGUUGGUCCUCCUAUACCUCCUCCCGCCAGCCUCCACUGACAUGCAUCAAUACUCAAAUUCUAAAAAUAACAAUGGCAACAGAAGCAGAAGCUUGGCAUAUUCCAUUUGAUCUACUAGCAGAAAAAAACUCUGAACAUUAUUAACCGCAUCACAUACUAAAAUUGCUGAGGGAAAAUCCAGAGACAUUGUUGGCUGAUUACACCCUAAUUGGAGACUCUGUUCACAACGUUGACAUCAACUAACCGCUCUCCCACACCAUCUGCCCGGUACAGUUGAAACCAGAAUUUAUCCAUGAAGAGCACACUUCUCCUGGGUGCCAGUGGCCAAUCGAAGGUGAGCAUUUGCCAACUGAAGUCGGUUAAGAGGCCGAACUGCAGUCAGGUCAAGACCCUGGUGAGGAUGACGUGCAUGCAGAUGAGCUUCCCUGAGACGUUUUCUGACAAUUUGUGCAGAAAUGUUUCAGUUGUGCAAACCCACAGUUUAAUCAGCUGUCCAGGUGGCUGGUCUCAGACCAUCCCGCAGGUGAAGCAGCCGGAUGUGGCUCGUGUGUUUACACGUGGUCUGCGAGUCGUGAGGGAAGUUGGACGUACUGCCUAAUUCUUUAAAAACGACGUAGGCAGGUUUUUGGUAGAGAAACGAACAGUCAAUUCUCCGGCAACAGCUCUGGUGGACAUUCCUGCAGUCAGCAUGCCAAUUGCAAGCUCCCUGUAAAACUUGAGACAUUGGUGGCAUUGUGUUGUGUGAGAUGCCUUUUAUUGUCCCACGCACAAGGUUCUUGAUAUGCCAUGGCAAAGGAGAAAUGCUCACUAACAGGGAUGUAAACACAUUUUUGCACAACAUUUGAGAGAAAUAAACUUUUUGUGCCUAUGUAACAUUUCUGGGAUCUUUUAUUCCAGCUCAUGAGAAAUGGGAGCAACAAUUUACAAUUGCGUUUAUAUUUUUUGUCAGUAUAUUCUUUAAAAAACAAGUUACCUACUGACCUUCAGCAUGCAUAUAGGGAAAGGCAUUAAACUUACUACAAUGACUCAGAUGACUCAGAUUACUGAUGUUUGGCUAAAAUAAAUGGA